UUUUGUGAUUAAACUAAACAAAAUCUAUAGCCGAAACUGUAAGCAAAGAAUCAGUUCAAGGGCGGUGGAGAAAGAACUUUGGCAAAGCGUCACUGCAACAGUAAAAAGCUGCAAAGGUUUGAUUUCAUAAAUAAGUUUCAAUGGCCGACAAGCCUAAACCCAGACCAAGGCAACUGUCUGUCUACCUUUACAUUCCCAAUAUUAUUGGUUAUAUAAGAAUUCUCUUAAAUUGCUAUGCCUUUGCCCAAUGCUUUUCUAGCAAAAAACUUUUUGCUGUUCUCUAUUUUCUAAGCUUUGUUUGUGAUGCUUUGGAUGGUUGGUGUGCCCGCAAAUUCAACCAAGCUUCAACAUUUGGAGCUGUUCUGGACAUGGUGACGGAUAGGAUUAGCACUGCUUGUCUACUGGUUAUACUUUCUCAAGUUUAUAGGCCUAGCUUGGUUUUCCUGUCAUUGCUAGCCUUAGAUAUUGCUAGCCACUGGCUGCAGAUGUACAGUACAUUCCUAGCGGGUAAGGCUACUCAUAAAGAUGUGAGAGACAGCUCCAGUUGGCUUUUCAAGCUUUACUAUGGGAACCGAAUGUUUAUGGGUUAUUGUUGUGUGGCUUGCGAGGUUCUUUACAUAGCCUUAUUUCUUAUUGCGAGGAACCAAACUGAAAAUUUGAUUGAUGUUAUGAUGACUACUCUGAAACAGGGUUCACCUCUGUCUUUUCUAGUUGCUUUAAGUUUAUUUGGAUGCUCAAUCAAGCAGAUCAUCAACGUUAUACAGAUGAAGACAGCAGCAGAUGCAUGUGUGCUUUACGACACUGAAAAAAAGCAGAAGCCAUAGUUGAUUUGAAUUUUCCAUUUCAAGAGCAGAGUUUUGUUUCUGUGCUCAAGUGCUUAAUGACAUUAAGGUAUAGAUGUUGACAGUGGUGACUCAAAUCACUUCUCUGGUCUCCAAAUAAACAUCAUAUGGGGUGACGUGUGUCCCAACUUUUUCUGUUCUACAAAAACGUGGAUGCAACUGAUCACAUGACAUGGCUUGCUUGCUUUUGAAAAAUCAACAGCUUGGUGCUGAUGAUGAUGUUUAUUAAAAUGUGGUUCAUGGAUCCGGGGCUUAAACUUGUUUGAUAUAUCAUAUUUCUCCUUUCUUCUUUUGGGUUUGAGAUGUAGGUUCAGUUUUCCUGAAACUAAAGUCCAAGUGAUGAAUUCUAUAUCUUCCGGCAAAUAUGAAUACUGUUUUGAUCAAAUCCAGCAUGCUUCGUCUGUCAAUCCAUACAUGAAACUGAAGAAUUUAUAAUGUAAUGCCUGAAUGCUAGUG